CUCUUUUUUUCUCUCUCCAAAAGCUCGAUAACUCGCUCUAACCUCACUCGAUUGUUAUCUUAAACCAGAGCAUUUGUUGCUUUUUUAAUGGAUUGUUUACUGUCAUUUGAAUGUGAGCUGUGAUUUGAUAAAAAAACUGAUAUCUAAUUUUGUUAAAAGCUGCAAUCUUUUAAAUUCUUCCUUUUCGACAUCAUCGGCUAAUCGUCAUUUUUUUGUUUUAAACUUAUCUUUUUUUAGUGUCUAUUUUGUGUAAAAAAACUGUUGCUAUAUCAAUCUGAAUCAGUUGGCAAUAAACGACCAUUCAAAACAGUUUAACUGUGAGGACCAUUUCAAAUCAUCAUUAUACAUCUUGUUCAUCAUCAAACAUCUUGCCUGUUAAUUUAUCCAUAUAAAUCUAUUGUUCAUCAACUUGUCUUUCAACCCAUUAAAUUAAAUUAUUAAAACAAUGAAGGAUUCACCGGAAAUUAGUGAAAUUUGUAGCGAAAAUGUUCUCAGGAUUCAAGUAGAAACGUGUUCUUCUCUCUAUGAAAAAUGGAAAGAUGAGAAAAGCUGGUUUCACAAUGUACCUCGAAAAGGUAUCUCAACAGAAGUUGAAUAUAUCGAUACUCGACCAGAUGCUGGUAACACAUUGCCGGUUGUAUUAUGUUUACAUGGUGCGCCUGGUUCCCACCAAGACUUUUCACUGCUCCGAUCACGACUUAUUAGUUAUCCUAUUCGUAUUAUUUGUCCAAAUUUUCCAACAUAUUCCUUGACCAAGACGAAAAAGUUUGGACAUUAUGCAGAGGAAAAGGCGGAAUAUAUCUUAGAUUUUCUCAAAGCUCUUGAAUUGACAAGAGUUGAUAUGCUUAUUGGCCAUUCAUCGUCAAUCUAUCCCUCAGUAAUCAUUCUUGAUUCAGAAUAUGGAUCAACACUUAAAUCUCUUGUAUUCCUUAAUCCUUGCGGCCAUCGGCGGAUCCAAGCAAUGAAAUAUCCAAUAUUGGAUAAAACAUCAGCCUACUUCUAUCAAUAUAAAUUUUUCCGUUUCUUUAUCAAACAUCUUGGUAAACCUGUUCUUGUUAUUACUAAAUGUCCAGUAAAAUUAGAAAAUAUGGAUAAUUUAUUCUUAUCUGUAACCACAGUUAACCACAGUCAUUAUAAAAGACUUUCGGAAAAAUUGGAAAAGUUGAAAGCCAACAAGGAAAUCGCAAAGAUGUUGAUUUUCGCUGAAAAUGAUAAACUUAUACAAAAGGAAAUAUUCUAUGAAAUGGCUAAAAUGCUGGGAAUCGAAUCGGAUAAUAUUGAAGUGUACGAUCACAAUGGACUUCAACAAAAGUCCUCAAUGGACAGUGGAUAUCCAAAAGGCAUUGCACUUCAAGAUGGAGGACAUUAUGCUUUCCUUAGUCAUUCAAAGAUUGUUAAUAAUGCUAUUGCUGAGAUGGUUGAAAAUGUUUUGCUAUUAGCCAAUGAACAUGAAUCUAGAUAAUUCUUAAUUUAAAUUCUUUAAUUUUCAAUGAAA